AUGACUCUGAACUACUCUGUGUCUGCAGUCAAAGACAGCACUGCACUUCUCUACAGAAACCACGGGGAGCCCUCACAAGUUGUCCAGUUGGAGUCAAUGCACCUGCCCCAAAUGGGACCUGAAAGUGUCCUGGUGAAAAUGUUGGCGGCUCCCAUCAACCCCUCUGAUUUAAAUAUGCUUCAAGGCACAUAUGCCAUCCUGCCUGAGCUUCCAGCGGUGGGGGGCAAUGAGGUCGUGGCCCAGGUCAUGGAGGUGGGUGACAAGGUGAAGACACUCAAGCUGGGCGAUUGGGUGAUUCCAAGAGAUGCCGGCAUAGGAACGUGGAGAACAGCAGCUGUUUUGAAGGCUGAUGAUCUGGUGACUUUGCCUAAAGACAUUCCCGUACUGUCUGCUGCCACUUUGGGAGUCAAUCCCUGUACAGCUUUUAGGAUGCUCACAGACUUUGAGGAGCUCAAACCAGGAGACACAGUUAUCCAGAACGCAGCUAACAGCGGCGUCGGACAUGCUGUUAUCCGGAUUGCUGCUGCUAAGAGCAUUCAAACCAUCAAUGUCAUCAGAGACAGGUGUCCUCGGCCUAAACUAGCUCUGAAUGGAGUUGGAGGAAAGAGCGCCACAGAGCUGUUACGUCAUUUACAAAGUGGAGGGAGUAUGGUGACCUAUGGUGGGAUGGCCAAACAACCAGUCACUGUUCCAGUGAGUGCACUGAUCUUCAAAGAUGUGAAAAUAAGAGGUUUUUGGGUGACCCAAUGGAAGAGAGACAACAAACAUGAUGAAGACGCCUUGCGUAACAUGCUGGAUGAACUCUGCAUCCUCAUUCGUGCCGGGAAGCUGUCGGCUCCAGCUUGCACUGAAGUGAGCCUUCAAGACUUCAGAAAGGCCCUGGAGAACGCCAUGAAGCCGUAUGUGUCCACCAAACAAGUUUUUGUCAUGUGA